CUGUGGCGAAAACAAAUGGCUGCCACCGGAGCCGCCGGUUCCCCGGGCCGACUGGUCCAGUACGUCGUGGUCCGCUCGGAUCUGGUCCACAAGCUGUCAUGGCCGCUGGGAGCCGUCAUCACGCAAGCGUGCCACGCCGCUACCGCCGCCGUCCACUUGCACUACGCCGAUGGGGACACGCAAAGCUACCUGGCUGAGCUCGACUCCAUGCACAAAGUAGUGCUCGGGGCUCCCGACGAAGCCGCCCUUUCAGGCUUAUCUGAGAGCCUGACCCAGGCUGGUGUGGCCCACAAGCUUUGGAUCGAGCAGCCUGAGAAUAUACCCACUUGUCUGGCCCUGAAGCCAUACCCCAAAGAAACAGUGCAGCCGCUGCUCCGCAAGUUCAAACUCUUUAAGUGAUCUUACCUGCCCAUCAACGUCUCAUUGACUCUUAUUGGAAAAGCCCGAAAGCCAUUGUUACCGCAUCCCUGUGACUGGAAUAUACAAGUUUUCCCGGAUAAACUGAACUGUAUACAUGAACAUUGAAAAAGCCGCUUCUUCCCCCUCAUGGAGUUGCCCGUCUUAAAAUCCCUUACUUUCAGGAUCUAAUCGCCUUACUCUUAAACAUAAAGGGAUUUUUAAGAGUAUUCCAUGUAGCGAUGCCACACACGAAUAAGUCUUCUUUGAAGAAGCAUGAUAUCGAACAAUGCCAUCUCGGCCUCUGUCGGAGAGGGGAGAAAAGUGGCAGUAAAACAGGCCAAAGGCCUGAUGUCAAGGUGUAAAAGGCAGUUUGCAUGGCAAGUGUGGUCAAGCAAUAAAUCAAUUAUUUCAUGAAUGAA